AUGGAAGACUUGGAAAACAUACUGCUCGAGGCAGCUGGAAGGACCAGUUCUCUUGUUAAAAAACGGCACGUGCUUCCAAAAUCAAGGUUUAAAUGUGAGGGUUCAUAUUCUGAUGGUGAAAGUGAAUCUGGAGAUGAAUACUCUGGAGAUGAUGCUCAUGCUUUCACCAGAAAGCCAUCAAGAUCUCAAUCCCAUGUCCCCUUAAAGAAGAGAUUAGACCACCCCACCAAAAGACCUUCCCAUCAAAUUGAUCAUGAUAAUGAUGACAGAGACGCUUCUGCUCGUGAUGAUGUAGAUUCCAGCGAUGAAUCUGACAUUGGCAGCGAUCUCUACAAGAAUGAAGAUGACAAGCAGAGGCUCGCCAAAAUGACUGAGCUUGAAAGAGAGAUGAUUUUGUCCGAUCGAUCGACAAAGAAAGGAGAGAAGGAAUUCAAAGAGCAUAUGAGAUUGAAAAAGAUAGACAAUGCAAAGAGCAACCAAUCAUCAAGAAAAUCAAAAACUCCAUUCUCUCUUCCAUCCUCUGCCAAGGUACGUUCUUCUGCUAGAUAUGCUGAGAGGAUAGCCUCCAAAGGAGAUGCUCUGAGUGAAUUGAGAGCCAAACAUAUGAAGCAACAUAACAUGGACACUCAAAGAAAAGCGAGCAAAUUAAAAGCUUUGAGAACAACCUCAACUAGCCAAGAACUUUCAUCGGGCAAGCAAAAACCUGGAGUUAAAGCAAGUUUGAGUAGCUCCUGUCAGAGUGAGAGUAUAAUAAGGUCUGACAGUGAUCGAGAAUCGUUAAGCCACAAUGGUCUCGCGGACAGUGAUGAUGAUAGAAAUAUGACAGAAUCAGAGGUUCCAAUAUUUGACGACAUUCAUGAGAUUACCUUAAAGAGGUCAAAACUUAUGAAGUGGUUGAAUGAGCCAUUCUUUAAUGAGUUAGUCGUGGGCAGUUUUGUGAGGGUUGGGAUUGGAAAAUCAGACCAUGGACCUGUGUACAGGCUCUGUAUGGUCCAGAGGGUUGAUGCGAGUAGCCCUGAUCGACAGUACAAGAUAGAGAAUAAAGUGACCCAUAAGCGUUUGAUUUGUGUAUGGGGGAGCGAGAACUCAGCAACUAGGUUUCAGAUGUCAGUGGUAUCAGAUUCAACACCAUUAGAAAAAGAGUACAAACAGUGGGUUAGGGAAAUGGAGAGAACUUGCAGCUAG